GUUCACCAACUUCUUUUUAAUUCUUCACCUCUCUCUCUCUCUCUCUCUCUCUCUCUAAAAUACUUGCCAACCCUUAUACCUGAGAACAUGAGUAUAUCGGUAAACGGAGAAUCUCAGGUCCCUCCGGGCUUUCGGUUUCACCCGACAGAAGAGGAACUCUUACAGUACUACUUGAGGAAGAAGGUUUCACUUGAGAAGAUAGACUUAGAUGUUAUUCUCGACGUCGAUCUCAAUAAGUUUGAGCCAUGGGAUAUACAAGAGAAGUGCAAAAUAGGGACGACGCCACAAAACGAUUGGUACUUCUUCAGCCACAAAGACAAGAAGUACCCUACAGGUACCCGAACGAAUCGAGCAACAGCUGCGGGCUUUUGGAAGGCUACAGGCCGCGAUAAGGUGAUCUACAGCAACGGUAGACGGAUUGGAAUGAGGAAAACUCUUGUGUUCUACAAAGGUCGAGCGCCUCACGGGAAGAAAUCCGAUUGGAUCAUGCACGAGUAUAGACUACUCGAUGAUACCAUUAAUGCCAUCGAUACAAAUUGUGUUUCCGAUGCCAUGGAAGAAGCAACACAAGAAGAAGGAUGGGUAGUAUGUCGCACCUUCAAAAAGAAACUCCUCCACAGUACUCUAAACACCACCGCCGCCGCCAGUGCCAACAUUUCACCUCUGAUAAGUGCGGAUACGGACACAAGAACCCAACAAAGAGUACACAGCUCAAGCGACGAAGGCACCUUAGAACAAAUAUUUCAACAUGUGGGAAGCACGUGGAUUAAUAAGCAACCACUACCUUGUACUAAUUACCAACAAAUUCAGUUACAUAUGCUCGUGGGCAAUGGCGAUGAGAAUUCCAUGACGACCAACUCCUCAGUUAAUUAUCAUCAGCAGUCGGAGAUUACAGGGGUUAACGACUGGAAAGCCCUUGACCAGCUCGUAGCUUCACAGCUUAACGGCCAAAUAAGUGAUCCCAACAUGCCUUUAAGCAUUGGAAACCAGACACAAGAUGAUCAAAACGGCGAUUUCGACCUAUGGAGCUUCACAUGAGCGUCCUUUCCUUCUUCCAACGCUCUAUGCGAUCAUAUGUCAACCACGUCGUAUGACACCGAUGGACUUUGUUAGAUCAUGUGUACGUGAAUGUUGUUUUACAUACACAUAUAAUGACUGUUAUUAUUACGACAUGCAUGAUUAAUUAGAACUACAUAGAAUAAAGUUAUAGAGCUCCUUUUUAAUUGGAGCAUAAAGUAUCAAUGAUCACGAAGAAUUAUUGGAA